GGCCUGGGAAAACAACAGACAUGUAUCUCUACCAGUCAUGGAUGGAGGCUGGAGUCCGGGAUCCGGGUGUCCCAGGGCUGGUCCCCCCCGAGGCCUCUCUCCUGGGUGUGCAGACGGCCAUCUGCUCCCCAUGUCCUCACAUGGUCAUCCCUCUGUGUGUGUCUGUGUCCUCACCUCCUCUUCUUAUAAGGACACAGUUCUAAUGGGUCAGGGCCCACCUAGUGACCUCGUGUUACCUUAAUCCCCUCUUUACAGACCCAUCUGCAAAUCCAGCCCCAUCCUGAAGUCCUGGGGGGUCAGGGCUGCAACGUAUGAAUGUGGGGGGACACAGUUCAGUCCAGUGCACAUCUUUGCUGGGGGUAGGAGUGAGGGGUGGGCUUUGCAACAGUUCUGUACCGCGCCCUCCCCCCAGCUCUCCAAACCCAGGGCUGUGACAAGCACCUGUGACCUUGUCACACACUCAAGGACACCAUCCUGAAACCAUGCAGUCCCAGGUGAUUGGUGGAGAAACUCCAGUACCGGAGACACGCAGCUGCUGACCGGUCAGCUGGAAUCACGUCCAUGUCUGCCUCGAGUCCAUUCCCCUUUGGCGUCCAGAAGGGACGAUGGCCUAGCAACACCCCCAGGACCCCAGUUCCCUGCUCACAGCCAUGGUUUAUCUAACAUGGAGACAGCGCUUUCAGCCAGGCGUGCCCUGAACACCUGUCCCACGGAACCAUCUCUGCUCUGUUCAGAAUAAGUUGUACCUGGUCCCCUCAACCCCCAGAGCCAUCCACACCCUGGUCCCUAACGGCUUUGAAGCCACUCAAGUCCCCAUGUCCUUAAAGUCAGAGCAGCCCCAUAGGAUCAAGUCCAUCCUCCCGUCCCAUCCCCACAACCUCCUCCAAACAGAAGAUGUGGGGUACCAGCUCCCACCCUCUCUGCCACUCCUAAAACUCACGACAGCCCCCACACUUUGUUCCUAUACCUUGCCCCAAAGCCCCCAAGGCUCCUGCUCUGCACAGGUUGGGGGAACCUGGCCUCCCUCCAAGGUAGAAUUUCAUCCAAGGCUCAAAUCUGGACUGACAGACGCCUCCAUGCUGAGCUGCCCCCUGGACUCCUGGCCCCUGGCAUCCUACCUCUGGCCUCUGCACCAUCUGUGGGGUGUUUGCAGCAACCCAACUGGAAAGUCCUGAGCUAAAGCAACUGGGACCUCAGGACAAGAACCGCGAUGAAGAAUGCCUAGGAACGAAGGCGGCUCUACCGUCACCCCCAUAAGUGCAUGCGGACUCAACCUGACAACUAAAAAGCAAAGGUCUUUUCUCCCAAUAGAAACUCCAGCCACGUUUCUGGAGAUGCCAGCUCUGCAGGGAGCUUCGGGGGCACCUCCAGACUCUAGGUUUUCAACAAACACCCUCAGGGGGCUUAGAGAGGCCCCGCCCACGCCCCAGGCUUUGGGUCCACACCGUUCCCGGGGACCAUCGGGUCAAAACGCAGGGCUGAAGUGGAACGGUAAAGAGAGAAAUUGCAGGGCAGCUCACGGGGACCAGGACCCGGAAACGACCCAUCAGGCAGCCCCAGUGUCAAGGCCCGUGGGGGAGGGCCCACAUUGAGCACCCCCACCCGUCGGGCACAGGGGACAUCUGGCACCCUGGUUGCCGGAUGCACCGGGCAAUCCGUGCCCAAGACCCUGUGUGAGAUGCAGAGGGGCGCGCUCCGUGCAGGCCCAGCUGGGGUUCCUCUGCUCCGGCGCGUUUCCAGUCUCCGGGCCGCCCGCCCCACCCCCACCCCCACUCCAGCAGCCGGGAGAAACCUGCUUUUAAGACCCAUUCCCUGAGGCCCCAGAUAAAGGCGAUUAGAGAGGGAGGCGCCCGGCCCGCCCCGCGAUCCUGCAGCUCGGUGGGCGGGUCCGGCACACAGCGCCCAGGGCGAAGUCCCGCGCGUCAGGGCCGCACUCGCCAUGCGACCCACGGUGCACAGGGGACUCGCUGCCCCUGCCGCCAGGGGCUGCCCGCCAGCGCUGCUCGUUGUGUGCGCGCUUCUCGGGACUUGCGAGUUACAAGCAGCCAGAGCCUUGAAGCCAAAUAUUCUCCUGAUAAUGGCGGACGACCUCGGCAUUGGGGAUCUCGGUUGCUAUGGAAACAGGACACUGAGGACGCCGAACAUCGACCGGCUCGCAGACGAAGGCGUGCGGCUCACCCAGCACCUGGCGGCUGCCCCCCUCUGCACCCCAAGCAGGGCGGCCUUCCUCACGGGGAGACACUCAUUCAGAUCAGGCAUGGAAGCCACCGACGGAUACCGGGCCCUUCAGUGGAACGCUGGUUCGGGCGGGCUGCCCGCGAACGAGACCACGUUUGCAAGGAUCCUGCAGCGGGAAGGCUACGCGACCGGCCUCAUAGGAAAAUGGCACCAGGGCGUGAACUGUGAGUCCCGCACGGACCACUGCCACCACCCACUCAACCACGGGUUCGGCUAUUUCUACGGCAUGCCUUUCACGCUCGUCAACGACUGUGACCCGGGCCGGCCCCCGGAGGUGGACGCGUCCCUGAGGGCACAGCUGGGUCGCUACACCCAGCUGAUGGCGCUGGGGAUCCUGACCGUUGCUGCUGGCAGGGCCGGUGGGCUCACCUCCGUUUCCUGGAAAGCGGUCGCGGGGCUGGCCGGCCUGGGCGUCCUGGUUUUCGCGUCCUGGUACGCUAGCUUCGGGUUUGUGCGUCGCUGGAAUUGUAUCCUCAUGAAGAACCACAACGUCACCGAGCAGCCCAUGGUUUUGGAAAGAACGGGCAGUCGUCUGCUCAAGGAAGCCGUUUCCUAUAUCGAAAGAAAUAAGGACCGGCCGUUCCUUCUCUUUGUUUCUUUGCUGCACGUCCACAUCCCCCUGGUAACCACCAAGGAGUUUCUGGGGAAGAGUCGGCAUGGCUUAUACGGCGACAACGUGGAGGAAAUGGACUGGCUUGUAGGUAGAAUUCUGAAUGCCCUUGACGAACAUGGUUUGAAAAACACGACCUUCACGUACUUCACCUCGGAUCAUGGAGGACAUUUGGAGGCCAGAGAUGAACACGGCCAGCUGGGUGGAUGGAAUGGCAUCUACAGAGGUGGCAAAGGCAUGGGCGGCUGGGAAGGGGGCAUCCGAGUCCCGGGGAUCGCCCGCUGGCCCGGGGUGCUGCCGGCCGGCCGGGUCAUCCAGGAGCCCACCAGCCUGAUGGACGUCUUCCCCACGGUGGUGCAGCUGGGGGGCGGCCAGGUCCCCCAAGACAGGGUGAUCGAUGGCCAUAGCCUGGUGCCCUUGCUGCAAGGGACUGUGGAGCGCUCGGCCCACGACUUCCUGUUUCAUUACUGCGGGAAGCACCUCCACGCGGCACGCUGGCGCGACAGGGACAGCGGGAGAAUCUGGAAGGUCCACUACGUGACCCCGCGGUUCCACCCCGAGGGAGCGGGGGCCUGCUACGGCCGGGGCGUGUGCCCCUGUUCCGGGGAAGGGGUGACCCGGCACAGCCCCCCUUUGCUGUUUGACCUCUCCAGGGACCCUUCGGAGGCCCGGCCCCUGUCCCCAGGCACGGAGCCCCUGUACCAGGAGGUGAUCGCCACGGUGGGCGAGGCGGUGCAGCAGCACAGGACGACGCUGAGCCCCGUGCCCCCCCAGUUUUCCCUGGGCAACAUCCUGUGGAAUCCGUGGCUGCAGCCGUGCUGUGGGGCCUUUCCUUUCUGCUCCUGCAGCCAGGACGGGGACAACAGUGAGACGUGACGUCACAUCGCCAGGGUGGCCGCCGUCACAAAGACAGGACUGAACACAGGCGGGCAAGGACACGGAGAAAGGGGACCCCUGUCAGUGGCCAUGCAAAUGGGUGCAGCCACGACGCAAAUCAGUAUAGAGGUGCCUUAACAAAUUAGGAAUGGAACUGCCUUAGGACCCAGCAAUGCCACUCCUGAGUAUUUAGCUGACGAAAUCCAAAACACUGGUUCGAAACGAUAUCUGUCCCCGCCGUGGCCACGGCAGCGCUCUUCACAACAGCCAAGAAAUGGACGCGACCCAAGUGUCCGUCAGUGGCUGAUGGGAUAAGGAAGACGUGACAUACACACACAACGGAAUAGUCUGCAGCCAUGAGAUAGAAGGAAAUCCUGUCGUUUGCAACCACACGGAUGGACCUGGGGGACGUUAAUGGCCAAGUGACAUAACGUCAGACAGAGAGAGA